ACCAUAGCCAUUUCUUCUCUUACAUGCAAAUGUGAUUAAAAAAAAAACCCCAUCAAAAAACCAAAAGAAAGAGCAAAAACCAUGGCCAACAACCCUAGAAACAACGCCAACAAGAAACUGAAACAUCAUCGGAACCAAGAUUCCGACGACUUUGACGGUAACCCCGAAGCAUGGGCAACGCUAGACAAGAAUUUCAAGCAAGUCCAAUCGGUUUUGGACCGGAACCAGAUGUUGAUCCAACAGGUUAACGAUAACCACCAAUCGAAGAACCCCGACAACAUGGUUAAGAACGUUGCAUUAAUUCAAGAACUUAAUGGGAACAUAUCCAAGGUUGUCUCACUUUACUCUGAUAUGUCUUCCAAUUUCUCCACUGCCUUUCAUAACAAUGGACACCACAAGGAAGGCUGAAGUUUAUUAUCGACAAUAAUAAUAAGGACGAUGAAGAAGAAAAGUCUUCUUUUAUAUGUAUGUUGUUGUUCUAUAAUAAAUACAUGUCCGGUUCCUUUCAGUUUGGUUUGGUUUUUGCCGAUUUUUUAUCUUUCGUGCUUUGUAUUGAUUUGAUUCUAAACUAUAACUGAUCGGAUAUAUAUUUGUAUAUUUGUUAUUAAUGUAUUGUAUUUGUAUGAAAGGGUUUUAGAUGAA